AUGUCAUCAUCAAUUAUUUCAUUACUUGCAUUAGUUGGUAAACAAAUAACUAUUUAUUUGGGUAUAUCUACUCUUAUUGCUGGUGUUAUUGGUGGAUUACUCAAUAUCAUUGUUUUUCUUAGUUUGAGAACUUUUCGACAAAGUUCUGCUGCGUUUUAUUUGACUAUUAUGUCCAUUUUCAAUAUAGGCCAAAUGCUUACAGGUUUACUUUCUCGUAUUAUGACUAGUGGUUUUGGUAUUGAUUGGACACUAACAUCUUUAUCGUAUUGCAAGUUACGAACUUAUUGUUUCUAUAUGUGUGCAUUAACAUCAAUGACUUGUAUUUGUCUGGCAAUAAUUGAUCAAUAUUUAGCCACCUCUUCUCGUGCACGAUGGCGACAAUUGUGUAAUAUGAAAAUAGCACGUCGUUUGGUAUUACUAUUUGUUUUCAUUUGGAUUAUUCAUAAUAUUCCUUAUCUAAUCUAUUAUGAUCAUGUUAUAUCGAUAUCAACAGGCAAAGUUACAUGCACAUAUACAAAUACUAUUUUUCAACAAUAUAAUAUCUAUAGUACUGCUCUAAUUAUUGGAAAAGUUAUUCCUAUAUGCAUUACAUUUGUUUUUGGACUUUUGGCUUAUCGUAAUGUACAACAAUUAAGUUAUCAGACAGUUCCACUCGUGCGUCGUGAAUUAGAUAAACAAUUGACAGUAAUGAUUUUAGUACUCAUUGUUUUUGCUUUCUUUACUAAUGUGCCAUAUAUUAUUGUAAGCAUUUUAUUGGUAAUACCAGGACUUACUCAAGAUCCUGUCGUAGCAGCACAAAUACAAUUUGCGAAUCUUGUGGCCAUGUUUCUUGUUUAUAUAUAUUUUGCAAGUCCAUUUUACAUCUAUGUAUGUGUGUCGAAUCGAUUUCGUCGACAAUUGAUAUAUGUAUCAUUUGAGAUAUAUCACAAUCGAUGGCAACCAAGAAGAAUGGUAAUCAAUCAAAUUAUGCCAGAAACUUGA